AUGGCGGGUCAACAUCACGGCGGUGGCGGCGGCGGCGGCGGUCAAGCUCAAGUCAUCGUCGUUCCUCUUGGCGGAGGCGGCGGCGGCGGCGGAGGCCAUUCACAUGCCUCUGCUGGAGCUGGCGCAAGCGCUGGACCUCAAAUUAUCCGUGUUAUCCAAGAACAACGUGCUGAUGCCAAUCAACCAGGACCUCCACAAAUUAUUGAAGUUAUCAAAACUGGAGGACGUCCCCCCAAGCCAAGACCAAUUAUUCUUUUGCAACAACCCCCAAGAACACCCAAACCCGGUCCAAUUAUUGUCAAAGUCAAGGAACAAUUGGCUCCUCCCACUCCUCCAGCUCCCAUUAUUGUCAAGCUCAAGGAUAACGGUCCUCCUCCUCCUCCCCCUGCUCCCAUCCGUGUUCAUCUCCAAGAAAAGGAAGCUCAACAAGGCGGACAUGGCGGCGGUGCUCAUGCUGGCGCUUCUGCUGGAGGUCAAGAUGUUGCUCAAGCUGCUGCCGUAGCUGCGGUUCAAGCUGCUCUCGCUCAAGGCGGCGGUCAAGGAGGAUACGGAGGCGGCGAUAAUGGAGCUGCUCAAGCCGCUGCUAUUGCUGCUGCUCAAGCUGCUGCUUUACAAGGAGGCGCCGGAGGAUAUGGCGGCGGUCAAGAUGCUUCACAAGCUGCUGCUGUAGCUGCUGUUCAAGCUGCUCUUGCUCAAGGCGGAGGCUCAGGCGGAUAUGGCGGAGGUGAUUCGGGUGCUGCUCAAGCUGCUGCCAUUGCCGCUGCUCAAGCUGCUGCUUUGGGAGGCUCACAAGGAGGAUAUGGCGGAUCACAUGGAGGCCAAGAUGGUUCUCAAGCUGCUGCUGUUGCUGCUGUCCAAACAAUCGUCACUCAACAACACUAA